AUAUUUUUCCAGCAGAAAUCUUCUCCCAUCAGAAAGCAACACAGAUAAAUCUCAAAACUUCCUUCCUCUCGACGCCGCUGGCAUGGCCGUAGUGCUCGGAAACGUCUCUCCAUUCCUGGACCUCUCCACGACCGCGCUCCCCGAUCGCCGGCCCAGGCCACUCCCCUCCGACGCAGUAUUGAACCUCUUCAGGAAGGAUCUCCACCAGAACCCCAAUUUCCACGCGGCCUUUGAAUCGGUGUUCGAUCACAGAGAAAAGCACGUGAACAAGCGGAAAUCGAACCAAUCCAAGGUGAAUGAGGUGGAAUACGAGAAUUCGAGCGACGACGAGAACGGCAACGGCAACGGCUUAGGGGACGAGCUCGAAGACGACGGCGGUUUCGACUGGGAGAAAGAGAUGAGGAGGAGGGUUAAGGAGAUCGAAGAAAUGAGAGAGUUGGAGAAAAAGGCCGAGGAGCUGCAGUACCAAGUUGAUCAAGAGUAUGGCGAGGGCGAUAGUAAUGGCGAACCGGAUGAGGAGACUGAAGAGCAGAAGCGGAUGAGAGUGAAGAAGGAACUUGAAAAGGUAGCAAGGGAGCAAGCAGAAAGAAGGAAAACAGCUCAGUUAAUGUUUGAUUUGGGUCAGAAGGCAUACGGAAGGGGUAUGUAUGGGCGCGCCAUCGAGUUUCUUGAAGGCGCCCUCACAAUCAUCCCUCGACCUACUCUGUUUGGCGGUGAGAUACAAAUAUGGUUAGCUAUGGCUUACGAGGCUAAUAACCGCCACGCAGACUGCAUUGACCUGUACCAGCAAUUGGAAAAGAGACAUCCCAGUGUCAGCAUCCGACGCCAGGCUGCAGAGCUGCGCUACAUACUGCAAGCGCCUAAGCUCAAGAUAUCGCAGGAGGAGAUGGUAACAAUCCCACUCAUAGGUUCUACUUAUGAUAGUUAUGCGGCAACUUGGAGUGAUAAAAACAAAGACAGGGAUGAAAGGAUGAGUGGUUCAACGAGUAAUCAGCUUCCAUCAGACAAGGACUAUUUGGCGGAUUUCAUGGUGUGGAAACCGCCCGUUGGCCUGGAGAAGAACAGUGCUUUCUGGGUUUCUUUAACUUUGUGGAUAGGUCUUGUUGGCGCCGCUCUUCUUCUGCAAAGAUGAAGCCUUAUAUAUUUUGUACAGAUACCAUUCUUGUAUUACUGUUUCACUGUAUCUGUAUGUAUACGUGAUUUGUUACUCUAAGUUUGUAAUAUAGUGGAAUUUAUGCUUUUA